AUGAAUGACGUAGCCGUGAGAAUAGACUUGAUUGUGCGCUUAAACACUAAGGACUAUUGGAAAAAAAAUCUACGAGGCAGUCACCCCGCUUAUGCAGCUCUUAUCAUCUCUUUUCAGGUUCUGUCUAUAAUAAUUGGCCUCAGCUCAGCGGUAGUAUUAUCAACAGUAAUAGCAAAUUGUCUGUGGGGCAAAAAGAAAAACAAGAAGUUAGUGACGUUAAUAGACCCCAACAAGAAGUACCCUCUACCGCUUACUGAACGCGAAGAGAUCAGUCAUGACACUAGAAGAUUUAGGUUUGGUUUGCCAUCGGAUAAACAUGUAUUAGGUUUGCCAAUUGGCCAACAUAUACAUUUAUCAGCCAAAAUUGAUGAUGACUUGGUCAUUAGAGCUUAUACACCUGUCUCUAGUGAUGACGAGAAAGGUUAUGUGGAUUUGGUUGUCAAGGUGUACUUUAAAAAUGUUCAUCCCAAGUUCCCUGACGGAGGCAAGAUGUCUCAGCAUUUGAAUAACAUGAAACUUGGAGAGACCAUUGAUGUUAAAGGACCUUCGGGAAAAUUGCAAUAUGCUGGAAAAGGUCUCUUCCUCAUCAAAAAGACGAGAAGAGACCCUCCUGUGAAGGUUGUGGUAAACAAACUCAACAUGAUUGCUGGAUACAUUUUAUAAUAUGGAAUAAGAAGUUGUAUUCAUUGUAAGAAACCUGUUAGAA